UUGUUUAUUUUACAGAGAGAGAGAGAGAGAGAUGGCAGAAGCUUGGCAUGUGUUAUCAGCAAGAAACCUCAACCCGAUUCCCAGUCCAUUCCCAGCUAAGGCUAAACUCCUCAAGUUGCCGUCUCAGUCUUUAAGAAUCAGAGCUUCUUCUAAAAGAAAUGGAUGCUCACGAAAAACGGUGGGUAGGACUCCUCCACGCCGUCUGAUCACAAUAUCAACAUCAGAUGGAAAGUGGCAAGGGAAGUGGACCUGCGACUACCUUCUCUCUCUCCGAGACUUGUGCUUGCAAGAUUUGUUGGAAGGUGAAGAUAAAAAUGCAGGGGUUUUCGUCAAACUCUGCAUCCACAAGCACGCCAGCUUUGGUCUUUCUGUAGAUGGAAAGAUUCUUACAUCCUUUACUAGAAAAUGUAGUAUCUGCUCCUCACCAUACUGUAGAGAGAUUGAUACAAACUUCAAUGUAUGGAUUUUGCCACCAAGCAAAGAGAAUAGUGCAAAUCAAAUACCUGAAAUUGGGGGAGACGAUCCAUCAGUGAUCUAUGUUAAACCCGGAUAUGAAGCUGACCUUGAUUCACUAGUACAAGAGACAAUUCGUCUCACCAUCUCGGUAAAAGAUACUUGCUCGGAGUUAUGCGAGAGAUCAGAACCUCCAUUGCAAUAUGCCAGUGGACAAAGUGUGAGUUCUCCUGAUCAGAGGUGGUCUAGACUCUUGGAGCUGAAGAAUGCAAAUCACAACUUGCAUAUGUAGACAUUUGCUUCGUGUUUCACAAGUGCUUGAUGUGAAGUUAUUAGGUGUGGCGACCCGAUCAACCUAUAGGCAAUAUAUUCAUGUGGAAGUGGGAGCAACUAACAUAACAUCUAUCCGGUUAAAGCUUAUACCGUGUCAUUUUCAUAACAAAAAAAGUUGCUAUACAAAAGGUGUCAGAUACGACACAAUGCCAUAUAUAUAAAGAUCUAGCACACAACAAAAUAUGUACAAUAUAAAAAUGGACUAGUUUGUAGUCUGACACAAACAUGUGGUGUCCUACAGUCUCAAUCAUAGUAACCUAGGUAUAAGGCUACCGAAUCUUCACCAAUACUAUUGUCACCUGCAACAUCAACAUUGUCUAUGU